CUUGACGUCGCGUUAAACCUCCUUAACCUUCAACACAUUUACUCCCCAGCACCGCAACGAUGGGUGACUCUCGCCGCCGCCACCGGCCAGACAGCCGCCAGAUGUGGGACGAAUCCGACCGCCGAGACCGACGCGGCGGCCCGAACAACCGCGAUCGGGACCGCGACAGGGACGCUGAUCGUCGCGGUUAUCGCGACCGCUCGAACGACCGCUCAAAUGACCGUCGUGGCGGGCAGCGAGAUCGCUCUCGCUCGCCCGAUAGAAGACCCCGCGACCGCGAUGCUGAUAGAAACAGACCGUCGCGCGGGCGGAUGGACGGGCCACGACAUUUCGACGACAGAGAUCGCAGGGAUCGACGUAGAGACGACCGUGACGAGGAUGCGCCUCGACAUCGCCGCGACGACGACCGGGACAGACGAGGCAAAAACCCCCGCUCUACUUCACCACACAAACGCUCCCACAGCCCACCCCAAGAGUCGGCGUUGCCCACGCGCUCCAAGCCCGACAGCAAGAAGCCGGCUCCGCACAUGUCCUUCAAUGUCUCUGCGCGCAACAGCCGAUCUCCCCACUCCGAGCGGCGCAACGACAAGGUCGACGACGCCGAGGACGACGCCAUGGACGCUGGCGAAGUGUCCGACGACGAGGAGCCCGUGGUCGACGACGACAUGGCGGCGAUGCAGGCCAUGAUGGGCUUUGGCGGGUUCGGGACCACCAAGAACAAGAAGGUUGCGGGCAACAAUGUCGGCGGCGUCAAGAAGGACAAGAAGCUCGAGUACCGACAGUACAUGAACCGGCAGGGUGGGUUCAACCGACCGCUGAGCCCUUCGAGAUAAGCCAAGCUAGCGAGAAGGUUGAGAGGUUGGUAGAGGCCCGAUUCAGAGCACGUAUGACUUGAUGAUUUGAUAUCCGUUGGAAUAAAAAGAACAAGCCUGUAUAAGAGACAGCCAGGCGAAAGAGAAAGAGAGUCCAGCUGGCGUUUAGGCAUCAUAAGAACAAUCCACAGUAAACUAACGUACGAAACUAUCGCGUCAAGAGUAAGCGUCAUCAGUUUCACAUCGUGUCGAGCUGCACAGUUCAAAAAGCAAACGCCAUUUCGGUAAGAAUACCAGGUAUGAUAAAUUAUCC